AAGUGCUUCGGAAGUACUGCGGAGCGGAUCGAUCGGAUAGGAGUACUUUGUGGCAGAAGAAAAUGGAGAAGAUGAACCAGACGCUGGAGAAGAUGAAGAUGCUCGUAGGAAUGGAUGUGGAAGACGUCGAAGGAACCGCUAAUCAGCAGCAAGAGUCCUCGUUUGCUUUCAUUGAGGACUUCAAUCGCAACUGUACUCUCUCCACCAAGCAGAGGCUUUAUGGUUUUGCCAUCUGCUUGGCUUCUGGUGUUGCUUGUACACUUUUGUCCAUGUUGGUGUUUCUCCAUCCAGUAAAAUUUGGAAUAACUUUCUCCUUUGGCAAUCUGCUUGCACUUGGAAGCACAGCGUUCCUCAUAGGACCUAAAAGGCAGGUAACAAUGAUGCUGGACCCUAUUCGUAUCUAUGCAACCUCCAUAUAUCUUGCAAGCAUCAUCAUUGCGUUAUUCUGUGCUCUAUAUGUGAGGAACAAGCUACUGACACUUUUGGCAAUUAUAUUGGAGUUUGGAGCUCUUAUCUGGUAUAGCUUGAGUUACAUCCCAUUUGCAAGGUCCAUGGUCUCCAAAGUCAUGGUUGCGUGCUUGGACACUGAAUUCUAAGUUCUAACCACCUGAGGAGCGGGUGGAGUCAUAGAGAAAGAGAGAGAUCAAGUUUUGUCAUUUGUGUAUAGCAAUUAGCAAGUAAUAGAGUGAAUGUUACAUGUCAGGAUUAGCUAACUGCGUUUGAAACUCAAAUUUGCGUACUGGAUAUCAUUUUGGCUGAACCUAUUCCAGCCAUUCAGGUGCGAUGAAGCAUAAUAAGGUCUUCAAAAAAAACUUCGUGCAGCCUUGGGCAUAUUUUCAAACGCUAAUU